GGGAGGCUGCGUCCAAUCUCCACUUUGCAUUUAAUUGUCUUUAGCCAAGGGGCGGGCACUGCUGUCAGCUUCACUUCUUGUGGCCAGGAUCGGCAUAAAGGCAUUCAGUACAGAGGAAUGGUGACAGCUGAGCGAGAGGAACACUAUACAUAGUCGCAGCCAUGAAGGAAAUCAUGGCACAAAAGGAGAAGCUCCAAUGCUUAAAGGACUUUCACAAGGACACUCUGAAGCCAUCGCCGGGGAAGAGCCCAGGCACGCGGCCUGAAGACGAGGCUGAAGGCAAGGUUCCUCAGAGGGAGAAGUGGGCCAGUAAGCUCGAUUUCGUCCUGUCUGUGGCCGGAGGCUUUGUCGGAUUAGGAAACGUCUGGCGCUUCCCUUACCUUUGUUAUAAAAAUGGUGGAGGUGCGUUUCUCAUCCCUUACUUCAUCUUCCUGUUUGGGGGGGGCCUGCCCGUCUUCUUCCUGGAGGUCGCGCUGGGCCAGUACACCUCUGAGGGAGGGAUCACGUGCUGGGCCAAGCUCUGCCCCAUCUUCACUGGUAUCGGCUAUGCCUCUAUCGUGAUCGUAUCUCUACUGAACAUCUACUACAUCGUGAUCUUGGCCUGGGGACUCUACUACCUGUUUCAGUGCUUUCAGCCAGAGCUCCCGUGGGCCAAAUGCAACCAGCCCUGGAACACAGUACACUGUAUAGAGGACACAGUCCGCAAGAACAAGACCCUCUGGCUGGCGGCCAACAUUACGAACUUUACCUCCCCCGUAACUGAGUUCUGGGAACACAAUGUCCUGAGCAUCUCCUCCGGGAUUGAGGAACCAGGGCCCCUGAAGUGGGACUUGGCCCUGUGUCUCCUGGCAGUGUGGGUUAUCUGCUUCUUCUGUAUCUGGAAGGGAGUCAAGUCCACUGGGAAAGUGGUGUACAUAACAGCGACUUUCCCAUUUGUGAUGCUGAUCGUGCUGCUGGUACGUGGCGUGACCCUGCCUGGGGCAUCUGAGGGGAUUAAAUUUUACCUUUACCCCAACCUAACCCGCCUACAGGAUCCAGAGGUGUGGAUUGACGCUGGAACCCAGAUUUUCUUUUCCUAUGCCAUUUGCCUGGGCGCCAUGACGUCCCUGGGGAGCUACAACAAAUACAGAUACAACUGCUACAGGGACUGUUUGCUGCUGGGAGGCCUCAACAGCGGUACCAGUUUUGUGUCUGGCUUCGCAAUAUUUUCCGUCCUGGGCUUCAUGGCACAAGAACAAGGGGUGGACAUUGCCGAUGUGGCAGAGUCAGGUCCCGGCUUGGCCUUCAUCGCCUACCCUAAAGCUGUGUCCAUGAUGCCGCUGCCAACCCUGUGGGCCAUCCUCUUCUUUAUCAUGCUGCUGCUUCUGGGUCUCGACAGCCAGUUUGUUGAAGUGGAAGGACAGAUCACCUCCAUUGUGGAUUUGUACCCAUCCCUCCUCAGGAAGGGUUACCGGCGAGAGAUCUUCAUAGCCGUGAUGUGUUUCAUGAGUUACCUCCUGGGACUCGCCAUGGUAACGAAAGGUGGCAUGUAUGUGUUUCAACUGUUUGACUACUAUGCAGCCAGUGGUGUGUGCCUUUUGUGGGUUGCAUUCUUUGAAUGCAUUGCUGUAGCCUGGGUUUAUGGUGUUGACAAUUUCUAUGACGCAGUUGAGGACAUGAUUGGCUACAGACCAAACCCAUGGAUGAAGUGGAGCUGGUCCAUAAUCACUCCUGUCCUCUGCAUGGGCUGCUUUAUCUUCUCCCUGGUGAAGUACAAGCCCUUGACCUAUAACAAGGUGUAUGAGUACCCUGACUGGGCCAUCGGUCUGGGCUGGGUUUUGGCUCUGUCCUCCAUGAUCUGCAUCCCCAUGGUGAUGGUUAUCAAGAUCUUGCAGUCUGAGGGACCUCUGAUAGAGAGGAUCAAAGCAGUGGCAGCCCCGGCGAAGUCAGGCGUAAGCUCUCGCCCGAAAGAGUACAACGUGAAGGGCAGCGAGGUGACACAGCCCCUGGACCCAAACGGGAACAAUGGCUUGAUCAAGCCCACCCACACCAUUGUAGAAACAAUGAUGUGAGCGCUCUCUGUGAGAGGAAUAAGACUCAUGUGCUUUCUGUGUUAUUAUCAUAUUUGCUAACUUUGAUAAUGGUAGGUUUACAUUGUCCAAUAUAUUCACAUUAGAGAUACCCUGGUUUGAUUUCUAUGAAGAGAGUUAUAUAUUAUUGUUGUAAUUUUUUUUCUCUUGUAAUUUUUUUCUUCUUCUUCUUCUUUUUUUUUUUUUUUUUUUUUACUAUAUUGAUAUUGUCGAUGUUACAAUUGUUGUUGCUGUAGUUGGCACUGAUCUCAGUUUAGGCAGUAUUUUGAGAUAGAACAUGUUCAAUGUUUACUACCCCCUUUUCUUUUGAUUCCGGAGAGAUGAGGAAUUUGCUUUGUUUCGUUGUCAUAGAAGACAAGAGGAAAUUCUCACUUCUCAUAAAUUUAGUGAAUUAAAUGAGCAAUUCAUCGCGGGAAAAAAAAAUAAGGUAGAAAACAUCCAACCACCCCGAGGCGAUCGUGGCAGCCUCGUUGCUGUCGGCAAAUUUCUGAUAUUGUGUUGUUUUUAAUCCCACAAUGAAAAUGAAUGUAUAUCCACUAGCGUCGGAAGGGAGCCACCCACAUCUCUCAGAGAACAUAUAGAUAACAUGUCAAGUGGCAACAUGCACUGUGUAGAGUUAAGCUUGCUUGACCUCCUUUAAGUUACAAGUUAAACAAGGCCUUGGCCAAAUACUGUGAGAAAUGCAUUUGUACAAAGAUCCAUCCAGAAAACUGUCGAGUAAAGGAAGGAAGAAAAAAUGAGGAGAAAAGGGAAGUGGCAUUUUUAGAGUAUUUGUACACUGCCUGUGUGACUACUAUAGUCAGUCCCAGUGCAUUUAUUGAAACCUCUCUUUGCACUUUAUAUGUCAUUUCACCUUUAUUGUAGUAUUUGUUAUUAUUGUUGCAAAGUACUGCAGUUACAUUUGCAACACAUUUCAGGAGGAAAUAUUUUUAGCUGACUAACGUUUUGAUAUUGUAAACUUUGAGAUACAGUAUCUAGUUGUUUCAUUGCUGAGACAAUGACAUAAUAGAGUAGAAAUUGAACAUCAAAUUUUCAGAUUAAUGAUUACUAGUGGGAUUUGUGAGAACAUAUGAGUUUUUCUUUUCUAAACAUCCUGACGUCUCUCUCCAUUGUGCUCAUUGCAGUAGCAGGCGUCUUCUGCAGAACUACCACUGGACUCUAGUUCAUAAUGUUCGGUUAUAUUUGUAUUGUAGAAUUUGAAUUGUUUGUAAAUCACAUAUGCCUUUUUGUAACAAUUUUAUACUGUGCAUCAUCUGAACACCGUCACUGAACUAUUAUUUUACAGAAAGCUCAACAAUGCGUUUUCUUUUACAAAAAAAAGGAAAAAAGGAUUUUUGUGAGCCCGGAUUACAAUUUUCACUGUGCAGUAUUCAAAGAAGCAGCAGUAUUCGCUCUGCUCUUUCAAAAUUACGAAGAAAAAAACUAAAAACUGGCACAGUCGAACGCAAAAUCUGAAGGAAUUGUUUUCCUGAAACACGUGCAGGAGCUUUCUUCAUAAAAAUAAUUUUGUGGAACUUGGAAAUUUUAAAUGUACCAAAGUAUUUUUGUCUCACAGUUGUCCCCCUUGGAGAUGCAUAUUGCAUCAUUUCUAUAUAGAUUAAAUAAACAUCUUUUCUCUUCGGA